UGCGCAAGCUUCGGUUUUGACUCAAUUCAUUUCUCAAGUGAUGCCAAUUUGCGCCAAAACCCCAUUUUCUUCUGUCAUCUUGUUAAUUGCCUUCUUACUCCGAAGUCAUUUUGUUUACAGUGUCUGUGGAGAAUCUGUUCCAUUCUUCCUUUUGGUUUUGAUUCCUUCUUUGUUCUUCUCUUCUCUUUAGUACUCAUUUCCCUGUAACCUUAUCAGUUCUCAACUCUGGGAAGCCAUGGUGGCUGAUAGCAAGUCCAAAUCAAAUAUCUCCUUCGCUGGAACCUUCGCCAGCAGUGCUUUUGCCGCAUGUUUUGCCGAGGCAUGCACUAUCCCUUUAGACACUGCCAAAGUUAGGCUCCAGCUUCAAAAACAAGUUGCAGCUGGUGAUGCGGUGAUCUUACCUAAAUAUAAGGGCUUGCUUGGGACAGUUGCGACUAUUGCAAGGGAAGAAGGUGCUUCAGCACUCUGGAAGGGCAUUGUGCCGGGACUGCAUCGUCAAUGUUUGUUUGGAGGGUUAAGAAUUGGGUUAUAUGAACCUGUUAAGAAUUUCUAUGUGGGAAGUGACUUUGUUGGAGAUGUUCCAUUAUCAAAGAAAAUUCUUGCUGCCCUUACAACUGGUGCUUUGGGAAUUACCAUAGCUAAUCCAACUGAUCUUGUGAAAGUUCGACUUCAGGCUGAAGGAAAAUUACCUCCCGGUGUACCAAGGCGCUACUCUGGAUCAUUAAAUGCUUACUCUACAAUUGUGAGACAGGAAGGACUUGGGGCUCUUUGGACUGGGAUUGGCCCCAAUAUAGCAAGAAAUGCUAUCAUCAAUGCAGCUGAACUAGCCAGCUACGAUCAAGUGAAGCAGACCAUUUUGAAAAUCCCAGGUUUUACCGACAAUGUUGUAACCCAUCUCCUUGCUGGUCUUGGGGCAGGGUUUUUCGCUGUCUGUAUUGGCUCUCCAGUUGAUGUGGUUAAGUCCAGAAUGAUGGGAGACUCUACUUACAAAAGCACUGUCGAUUGUUUCGUGAAAACUUUGAAGAACGAUGGACCUUUUGCCUUUUAUAAGGGGUUCAUCCCAAAUUUUGGACGGCUGGGGUCCUGGAAUGUGAUCAUGUUUCUAACCUUAGAACAGGCUAAAAAGGUCGUCAGAAAUAUAGAGUCAUCCUGAGUUAAUUAUGCAAAUACCGGUAUACGACGAUUGGUGCAAUACAAACUGUUGAGAAAAUAAUGUAUCCUCUUGCCUUCAUUUUCUUAAAUAGGGGAUAUCGUAGAACAUUUUUCAGGAAAAAAGAACGGAAGUAUUCAUGAGCUAUUUAAAAUUUGACGUGCUCCAGCUCUGAAUAAUUUCUGAUUGCUAUAAAGCUCCAAGUUAGAGAUCCUGCUUGUUGAAGCUAUGCUUCAUCUUUCCCCGCGUUUCCGAGAGGCUGGAAGCUGCGUUUUGGUGAUUUAAACUUUAAAUUUAAAGGCUGAGAUAGAAUAUUUUUUGUUUAAAAGUAGUAAUUUAAUAUACCAGCAACUUCUAUCGGCGGGAUAGAAUUAGAAUUAAAUUCUUCGUCCAGAGUC